GAGAUCACCGAGAGAUGCCAUAUGAACGACUCAUCUCAAUCGAACUACGAUGAUCGCCACCGCCUCCAACAUCUCUCUCCCAUUUUUGCCCCGUGCUGGUGUGUUUGUGUGUACAUGUUCGAAGGUUUCCCCCGGUGGAAGAACAAAACAACUGCGUGAGAGCAUGCUCAUCCGACCAGUUAUCAGAGCCCUGCAUCAGAGCUGCGCAAACCAGAAUCGAGCAGCCAGCAGUCUCACGAUCGUCGCCCUACUACGAGGUCGUGAUUGUGCACUGUGAAGCUAAGCUGAGCUUCUUCCCUAGACCCGUAGCAGAGUUUGUGGCUGUGCAUUUCGCCCGCAUUUCGUCAGUCAGUGUUCUUUGAGUUCAAAAUGAUUUGGAUACUUCUAGUAGUGGCUCUUGCCACGCACGGCUCCUGUCAACGAUUUAAAGGCUCUACUUUCACAACAAAGGAUGAUUACUGCUUUUUGAAUGGAAUCCGCCAGUCAGAGUGUGAUUAUCAAUUUGCGACCUUCCUAGACGCUAAUCCACACUUCGUAAAAUGCAUCGCCAGCCUUCCCAUCUACUCCGAUCGGUGCGCCACGAUCAACUCCGCGUUGCAGCCGAGCAAAGAGCCAGCACCAUGCAACGGUAAUCGCUGUACCUAUGAUACGCGGUUGUCCGGAGCCGGUUCGGUGGCGAGCACAUCGAUGGAUAGACAACCGGCAGGCGAUGCGGGUCUGGAAGUGCCCAAGCCGUCGGUUCGAUACGACAAAAAAGUGAUGGACUUUGCGGUCAAACUUUUCCAAAAAGCAUUCCCCAGCGACGAUACAAGCAAUUACAUCAUCAGUCCGAUCAUGGUACAGUCGCUGCUCUCUUAUCUGUUUGAUGGCGCUUCCAAUGCAACGCGCCUGGAGAUGGAAUCCGUGCUGCAGCUUAACAUGAACGAUCUGCACGACAUUGAGCGCGCACUGACACCGCAGGCGGACCAGGAACCUAUCACCAAGAACAAACUGGAUUCGGCUUCACAGAUAUUCAAAUCGACCACGUUCGAGCUUCUGCCAGCAUUCCGCGACUCGCUCAAGAGCAACCAUGUGCCACUGAGCGAGAUGGACUUCUCCAAUCCAAGACUUGCUUCCGAAACCAUCAACAACUGGGCGCGUGAAAAGACCCGGCAGCGUAUUCAAGAGGUCGUCGAUGAAAAAUCGAUCGAUCCCCAGACCAAGCUGUUCUUGAUGAAUGCCCUCUACUUCAACGGUACGUGGUUGAACAAGUUCCCCAAAACGGAGCGAGGAGCUUUCUAUGUCAGUGGACAACCACCCGUACGGUCGUCCGUGAAUAUGAUGUUCCUGACGAAGGAGCUCCGUAACGGCAACACCCGAACUGACGAUUCGGCGCACGGUAUGACCUGGAUCGAGCUACCGUACGAUGGGGAUCGGAUGUCGAUGAUCCUUUUCCUGCCCAACGAACAGUUCCAACUCGAUCGAGAGCUGCGUCGGUUUACCGCACAAGACCUGCUCACCAUCCUGACGGAGAUCGAACAGGAUGAACCGAGCAAGGUGAAGCUUCAGCUGCCAGAGUUCAAAGCGGAAACUACGGUUUCGCUCGUGGAACCGCUUAAGAAGUUGGGCGUUGCUAGCAUUUUUGGAGACAAUAAACCAUUCGAUCAACUUUCGAACGACAAUGUGAAGGUAUCGGACGUAAAACAAAAAUCCUUCCUGACGGUCAACCCGCAUGGUACGGUUGCCGCAAGCGUUACCACAGCAACGGUCAUUCCACUUAGCAUUACGCACACGUUGGACUUCAAAGCUGAUCAACCGUUUGCACUGAUCAUUAUGGACAAAAAAAACAAGCUGCCAUUAUUUUUCGCCAAGAUUAGCAAACCGUCGAAGCCGAAAGAUCCAUUCAGACGAGGAUAAACCGUUUUAAUGAGGAAAACAAUAUUAUUGACUCUCGUAGAAAUGUCAUAAUUUUACAAUAUCACUUGGUACAUCUCAUGCGUCCAAUAAAUCUUCAACAUGUAAAAGUA